GAGGCGUGAUGGUAUUUAGGAGAGAAACGCCUAGGCUUGGGAGACUAGGAGGACUAGGAGGGCCUGGCUUGAGUACACUUUGAGUUUGGGGUCAGGAGUAGAAAGGACCUGGGUCGUGUGCGCAGCCUGGAGCAGAGUUACAACAGAAUGCCAGAUCUUGGGCGGGGGACUGUACUAAAAGGGAUUGAAGAGGGGCGGAGCCAAAGGGGACGGAACUGAAGCUCCAAGGGAGAAGGGGGCGGGGUCCCGGGUGGAGGUGCUGCGCCCUAGGCCGGCCUCUCCGGGAUCUGCACCGCCUGCCUGAAGUCUCGUGAUGUUGGUCAUAAGGUCUCCAGUGCCAGCUGGUCCAGCCGCCGCGGUUGCAGCAUGGCCUCGGAGCAGGAUGUGCGGUCCAAGCUGCAGCGCGCGGGCCAGGAUCAUCUCCUUCGCUUCUGGGACGAUUUGGCUCCCGAGCCUCGAGCGGCGCUCCUAGCGGAGCUCGCUUCGCUGGAGCCCGAUGUUCUGCGUGAGCACUGCCAGCGUGCCUCGGCCGCCUGCUCGCUAGUCCCGGGCCCUCUGCCGGACCUGGCGGCGCGCCUGCAGCCCCUGCCCCCAGAACGCGUAGGCAGCGCGACCCGCUGCGACCAAGAGACACGCCGGCGGUGGGAAGAGGAAGGUUUCCGACAGAUUGCUCUGAACAAGGUGGCUGUCCUGCUGCUGGCCGGUGGGCAGGGAACUCGCCUGGGCGUCACCUACCCUAAGGGCAUGUAUCAAGUAGGGCUGCCCAGCCAGAAGACCCUGUACCAGCUGCAGGCAGAGCGGAUCCGGCGUGUUGAGCAGUUGGCUGGCCAGCGACUGGGGACCCACUGCACCGUGCCCUGGUACAUCAUGACCAGUGAGUUUACACUGGGACCCACCAUCAAGUUCUUCAAGGAGCACGACUUCUUCCACCUAGACCCUGCUAACGUGGUCCUGUUCGAGCAGCGCAUGCUACCUGCCGUGACCUUUGAGGGCAAGGCCAUACUGGAACGGAAAGACAAAGUUGCCAUGGCCCCAGAUGGAAACGGGGGCUUGUACCGUGCCCUGGCGGACCACCAGAUCCUUGAGGACAUGGAGCGGCGGGGCGUGGAAUUUGUGCAUGUGUACUGUGUGGACAACAUCUUGGUGCGUCUGGCUGACCCGGUCUUCAUAGGCUUCUGUGUGCUUCGGGGAGCAGACUGUGGUGCCAAGGUGGUGGAAAAAGCAUACCCCGAGGAGCCAGUGGGUGUGGUGUGCCAGGUGGAUGGUGUCCCCCAGGUGGUGGAAUACAGCGAGAUUAGCCCCGAGAUUGCUGGGCUCCGAGGGGCUGGCGGGGGCUUGCUCUACAACACAGGCAACAUCUGCAACCACUUCUUCACCCGAGACUUCCUGGAUAUGGUCACCAGGGAGUUUGAGCCCUUGCUGAAGCUGCAUGUGGCUGUGAAGAAGGUCCCCUACGUGGAUGAGGAGGGAAAUCUGGUAAAGCCGCUAAAACCGAAUGGGAUAAAGAUGGAGAAGUUUGUGUUUGAUGUGUUCCAGUUUGCUAAGAACUUCGUUGCCUUUGAAGUGCCCCGGGAGGAGGAGUUCUCCCCGUUGAAGAAUGCGGACACAGCCAGCACUGAUAACCCCUCCACCUCCCGGAGAGCUUUGUUGGCCCAGCACCACCGCUGGGCUCUGCAGGCCGGAGCCCACUUCCUGGAUGCACAUGGGGUCCAGCUUCCCGAGCAGUCUGGCUUGCUCCCAAAUGGAGACCCUCCAGCCAUCUGUGAGAUAUCGCCCUUGGUAUCUUACUCUGGAGAGGGGUUGGAGAUGUACUUGCAAGGCCGAAAACUCCAGUCUCCAUUCAUUCUGGAUGAGGACCAAGCCAGGCUGCUGCAGCCACAGAAGUGCUAACCUGCUUGCUCCCAGCCUCUCCAGCCCUGGGGUCCUGUCAGAUGCUGAUAGAGCUCUGGCCCAGGCUCUGACUAGAAAUGCUGGCCUGCGGGGCACAGAAGGGAGUGUGCUAGUUUACUUCACAAGGUUGGGACCUCUUGGGUCCCAUCGUCCCGUUCACCCCCUCCCCCCCCGGGGGGGAGGGGCUGUAACUGUCUCUGUGUGUGGCGUUUGCUUGUUUUGUUUUUGUCUCAUUGCUGACUCUGGGACUCAGCUGAUAGGCAAAGGGUUGGGGACCUUGGAAAAUGGGGCUAGAGGUAGAGUGUGAGGGGUGUUGUCUGAGAAGGGACCGGAGAUGCCCUCUGUCAUCCGCACAGGCCAGCCACAUGCUCAGCAGACGGUGAGAUAUGCCUCAUGGGGAUAUGGUCUCCUCCCAGUAGCAGAACCAGUAGCUGAGCAUGUCACCCCAUGUGCCUAGACAGAAGAAGCCUGAUGCCCAGGGUUAAACUUUGAGAACUCUGAUCCGCACACUGAGAUGAAAGCAGUUCUCCGGGCCUUCCCCAACUCUCCCAGUCGACACCCACAAGUGGGCCUGGCUGCUGUGUUCUUAAGUCUUUUCCCCCAGAGAACUGGAGGCCACCCUGUUGACUCAGACUGGCUGCUGGUUCUGACCCAGUCCGGAGCACACCUCAUCCUGGUUAGUUUCUUUUCCCAGAGCUUAGCGCUUAGGCUCUCCGCUGGAGGUGUAGCCUCUGUCUAGGUGGUACUUAGCUCUGCCACCCAGCCUUGUUCUGUCUCUGACACGACUCUGUUGACUCAUAGCCGCUUUCCCAUGCGGGAAAGUGGUGACACUGGCCCUUCCCCUAAUGUAACCGUGGUUAGGAGAGGCAGCCUGUUCCUCAGCCACCCAGCCCCAGAUGUAUGGGCUCCUGCUCUCAUUCCUGGCCGCUUUCCCAGAGGAGGUUGCUGGGAAGAGUAUAUUUACCAUUCAGUGUGGAAACAGCGGGUCUGGACGUGGGAAAGAUGGCAGGAUUGGGCCCACGGCCGCCGUUGUUGGGACUGACAUGUCAAGGACAAACUGGGCUCUGUGGUCAUUUGCUGUCGGCCCCAGGAGCAAGCUGUAUUUUGGCACCCUUCUCUUGCUGCUCCACACACAAGCUGGGGUCCCUGGAGCAGGAGAGGGUCCCUGAGGGAGAUCAAAGCCUCAGGCUCCUCCUGAAUAAACAAUCAGUUGGGUGAA